GGCCCCCUCGCGCCAUCUUUCAGCCGGCUCGAGAAGAACACGUUGCUGAAAGAUUUCAUAACUUUUUCUCUCAAUAUUUCGCCUCGAAACAUCGUUUUUCUCCCGUUGUUUCUUCAACCGAGUAACGGGAGCAGAAGUGGGCUCCUCGGUGCUAGCGUCCAUCCUUCCAGCCUCCCAUCAUGGCGGAUAAAAACACCAGGAUCGCCAUCGUCAAUCAUGACAAAUGCAAACCUAAAAAAUGUCGUCAGGAGUGCAAGAAGAGCUGCCCGGUGGUCCGCAUGGGUAAGCUGUGUAUCGAGGUGACUCCUCAGAGUAAGAUCGUCUGGAUCUCUGAGUCUCUGUGUAUAGGCUGCGGCAUCUGCAUCAAGAAAUGUCCGUUUGGAGCGCUGUCGAUCGUCACCUGCCGAGUAAUCUGGUGAAGGAAACCACACACAGAUACUGCGCCAACUCCUCAACUGCAAACCG